ACCACAAGCGCUUUAUAUUUUCUGAGCCGAGAUGCUUUCUCCCUUCUCUCACCACUUCCAUGGGCGCAACGCAAAUAUCUAUAGUCCAUAGAAAGAACCAUUUGAUUAGGUAGGAGUAGGAGACCACCGAUCGUUAUUCGAUUCUCACUAGCUAGCUGCUGCUCCUUUGCUUUCUCGCCCCAACGACCUAACAUCAUAAGACGGCGUUCUUGCUUAAAAACAUCCCAUUUUGGUUGAUCGUUAGUACCGUAGCCGGCCGAGGAGCUGUGUUGUCGACGUGAAGUGGUGAAGGUGUGUGCUGUGAGUUCACGCAGGUGCAGGGAUGCAUCCGCAGAUGAUAUAUCAUGCAGAUGAGAGGGCGAGGAAGAUGGAGUUGGCGGCGGCAGAGAGGCAGAUGGGCUGCUCUUGCUCUCCCUUGGGCAGGAUCAUAUCUCGAGUGAUCAUGAGAUGCAAUGGGCGUGAAGGCCACGUCAGGAACGACGAGAGGUUGGACUUGGAUUACGCCAUGGCGUACCCGUCCGCGCAGACAUGCUACGUGCGCCCAACAGCGCGCACCGUCACCUUCACCACCAACAACCACCAGCCUGCCAACGCUCGCAUCCAUACGAUCCCGCCGGAGCCACUGCGGUCGCACGCGAUCACUCUGCCCGGCACGCCGUUCCCUGCCUCGGGAGCCCCUCCGCCAGCAGGCGCCGGCAAACCACGCAAGUCCAAGAAGAAGAAGCGCGUCCGGUUCACCCCGGCGGGGCCGGUGCCCGUGGACGCGCCAGCACCGCACGCCGCCCACGUGCCCCAGCAUGCUGCGGCAGCGGCGAGCAGCGGCCCCACUGCAGCAGACAGUGUCUACCACCACUGUGCAGCGGAGCCGUCGUACUCCCCGGCGCCACCGGCGCACGAGCAGGGACACGGGUACGGCCGGUACGCACCGUCGCCUUUGCCGCGGUGGGAGAUGCUGGGCACGCCGAGGCGUCACGAGUACUUCUCCGGCGAGUACCGAUGGUACUACCCGACGCCGGUGCGUGAGGUCAUCUACAGCAUCGCCACCGACGCCAACCGGCUCACCACCAUCUUCAGCGAGGAGAACCCCAACGCGUGCACCAUCGUCUGAACAUUCAGUUGUAAGAGAAUUGCGUGUGGGGGUGGGUAGGGGAAGCACUGUACCUCCAAAAUUUCUUAAGCCCCACCUUUAAAGGAUAUAAUCAUACCACGAUUGUAAUGCAUGUAAUCCCGUUGAGCCUAGUUCUUUACUGUUUUUCUUUCUUUAGUGCAGAAAUAACACGCCAUGCAACGUGUGCAUGUGCACAUCUUGGCUUAGUUUUCGGUUAGUUAGAUCAGGCCGUUGUAGGAGUUCGUGGGAUGGCACGAUUUCAGCUCAUGCAGCGGCAAACAUAGUGACGUACGGGUGGACGUGGGAUGGCACGGCCGCAAUAUCCAUUCCUAGCUAUUUUUUCGUUCGUUUUCAGUUGUAAGCAAAACGGUAUUGACCGUAUAAAUAAGAGGAGAAAGAGAAAAGGCAGCAAGCAA